AUGCCCCUGCCCUCGGCCACCCCGGGCAGCUUGAGCGAGCCGGCCAUGCCAACACCGGCGGACUGGGGGUUCUUGGCAGAGUGGCUCUGCGGGAGCCGGGGGCUGAUGGCCACCUCUCUCCAGGUGGUGUGGGUGACAGCCACGCUGCCCUACGUCGUCCUCCUCAUCCUGCUGGUCCGGGGGGCCACCCUGCCCGGCGCCUGGAGAGGGGUCAUCUUCUACCUGCGCCCGGACUGGAGCAAGCUCCUGAGCACUGCGCCUCUCCACGGCCAGGGCCAGGCAGGAGGGGGCAAGCAGACCAUGUGCCUGGCAGCCCGUGGGGUCUUCCUGGCUGCACACCCCCCCAUGCCCCUGCCCUCGGCCACCCCGGGCAGCUUGAGCGAGCCGGCCAUGCCAACACCGGCGGACUGGGGGUUCUUGGCAGAGUGGCUCUGCGGGAGCCGGGGGCUGAUGGCCACCUCUCUCCAGGUGGUGUGGGUGACAGCCACGCUGCCCUACGUCGUCCUCCUCAUCCUGCUGGUCCGGGGGGCCACCCUGCCCGGCGCCUGGAGAGGGGUCAUCUUCUACCUGCGCCCGGACUGGAGCAAGCUCCUGAGCACUGCGGUGAGUGGCUGUGAUGCUGGGGCUGAACCUGCCUGGGCAGGAGUGGGCACGGGGGUCCUGGGGCUCCCCUUGGCUUCGUUUCCACCGCAGGACACGUCUCCCCGCUUUCUGCUCUCCAGGGAUGCGCUUGUCACCAGCGCAGUGAACUGCGUCACCAGCUUCCUCUCGGGCUUCGUCAUCUUCACUGUGCUGGGCUACAUGGCUGAGAUGAGGGACGUGGAGGUGGAGGAUGUCGCAAGAGAUAAAGGGCCGAGCCUUCUUUUUAUCACCUACCCCGAAGCGAUCGCCAACAUGGUGGGAUCCACCUUCUUUGCCAUCGUAUUCUUCCUGAUGAUGAUAACGCUGGGGCUGGACAGCACGUUUGGGGGCUUGGAGGCCGUGAUCACAGCUGUGAUGGAUGAGUACCCCCAGGUCCUGGCCGGGCGUCGGGAGCUCUUCGUCCUCGGCCUCAUCACCGUCUGUUUCCUGGGCUCCCUGAGCACCCUCACCUACGGGGGGGCCUAUGUGGUGAAGCUGCUGGAGGAGUUCGGUGCUGGCUGCUCGAUCCUGGCAGUGGUGCUGCUGGAAACGAUCGCUGUCUCCUGGUUCUACGGGGUCCCGAGGUUCUCCCCUGACGUGAAAGGCAUCUGGGCCAGGAGGCAGCGGCGCUACAUCAGCAUGGCCCUGGAAGCAGGAGACUGCCCCCAGCUGUCACCCCUCCUCUUGGCCCGUUUUUGGGAUGCCUCCUGCCUGCUGGGGUCUGCUGCAGGCUGA